UCCGUGCUCUUUCCUAGGCGAAGAAUGUUGGUGGGAUGUUAUGUUGAUUGGUGUAUGUGACGCGUCAAUUAGUAAUACUAGUAAUAUACAAUCUCUCACUCAGUCGUGAAAUGAUUAAUUAAUACGAAGUUAAUAUUCUAUCAUAGCGGAUUAAAGUUCGAAUAUGAUGCUGGAAUGCAUUGUGUAAUUACAUUACUAGUUUUGAGGUUAAAGAGGAAGUUUCAUAUUGGAUUGCGACAGGAAUCUGUGAUAGUUAUGGCCUAAUUUAGAUGAAUCUUGUGCUUACUGAAGAAAGAAAACUGGUUCACACAUCAAAAUGGUUAUGACGCUGUUUCAGUUCAGUCAGAUGGGAUGGAGAGAAAUAUGUAAGAAAGUUAAGAAAGCUGUUGUAUAUAUUGAUAAUGAAUGUGCAGAAUGCUUGCAUUGGAAUGGAGGACUAAUGCUAAUGAUGCGAGCUGGUGCUUUGACUGUGAAGGAGUUUUCAGCAUUUGAGAGUGAUAAAGAAAAAGAGCAUAAAAAGGCAGUUUUCAUUUUAAGUUCUCCUGUAUUUGGCACCACAAAAGUUAUCCUGCAAGAUAUAAUACAGAACAGUAGCUUUGAUUACUGUGUGCUCAUUACAUCAGCUAAUGCAAGAGUUCACCACUUUGCCAAGUACGGUGGCCACCAAGAAGGAAUUCAUGAUAUGUUCAUAUUUCAUGCUCUUGAAGAGGAGAUGCUUGAGUGGAUGGGGAACAAGUCUUAUGCUGUAGAGGUGAUAUAUUCACCACUGUUCAUAGUGCCUCUGACUGAGAUGAUGUUCCUCACCCCAACAUUCAGAAAUGUUUUUCCUAUCACUGAUGCACAUAUUGCACGGAUCAGGGAGCUACAGCGUUCUCAGCAUAAGCAGGUUGUUAAGAGCCAGUCAUUGGAUUCUUUGUCCUCUGUUGAGCUGACACAUCUUCCGUUGGAGGCACAGAUAUCUGUCCAUCACCUCGUGGGUUGUCUGCACACCUUAUUUACACAGCUUGAGAUUCGAGAGGACAUAUAUAGCCUUGGGCACCUCAGUGGGCUUGUGGCAAACCAAUUGGAAAUCCUCCCAGAAGCAAAUAACAGACGUAAAACAGCUGCUAAUCAUUGUUCACUAAUUCUGAUUGACCGCACAUUGGAUCUGGCAAGUGUGACAACUCACGAUACAGAGUCACUUUUAGAUAGGAUUCUAGCAGUGUUGCCACGCUUACCUGGACACAGCAGUGAUGUCGCAGUCAAUAUGUCGCCUGUUUGUGACGCCAAAGUUUCUUCUCCUUUGGGAAACAUUGUUUUGGCACCUGGAUGUCUUGCACAUCCAAAUAUUGAUCUCUGUUCACAGGUGCUGGAGUGGCUUGUGAACAAGCCACAGAAAGAUAUUCUGUUGAGUCUUCAUCACCAUUUAAGUACACUAGCACCAGGUGGAGGGAGUGAUCGAAUUGGAAAAUUGACACGUGUCACACCACACUCAAUUGAUAAGCAAGUAGCCCUUUUCAGGGGGCACAAAGAAGCAAUCUACCAGUGCAGUGGUCUCCUGCAGCAAGCUUUGGCUGUAACACAGACAUUAAGAGCUCCUCGUUCAUCUCAAUUGGACACCAUAGUUAGCAUUGAAAAGUUGCUAGUACAGAAUCUGGGCUGCGCUAAGGAUGGAGUUGGAAUAUUGUCUCAGGUGACACAGCUUCUGAGAACUCGUCGUGAACGAGGGCUGUUGAUGCGAGACAUCCUUGGGCUUUUGAUUCAUCUCUUUUCCUUGGCAGGCACUGAUUUCCUGUUCCCAGCAAUGGAACAGAGUCAUCUACUAAAUGCUCUGAAACUGGCAUUAUAUGAAGACCGAGGGCAACUACAAGGAAAUCUUUCUGAAUUAGUUAAUUCAAUGGCAGAAAAUGAUUUUGCAGAAAUAGCAGGAGAUAUUUUCAGUAAACUUCAGUACAUAGCUUCAGCAAGGAAGGCUCUGGUGCGAUACAGAACUCUUCUCUCUCGGCCCACUCCAUCACAUCCACUCACUUAUCACAGUUUGCUUCAUCAGCUCAUGGCUGAUGUUCUGCAUCCUGAUUGUCCAGAUCUGCCUGACUUGACAUGUAAAUCUACAGGAUUGAAAGACUUACUGAAAAGCGGAUUCAGUUUGCUGCUCAACAGACCAAGACAGCAGCAUCCAUUAGAUAACCCACAGUUGAUUGUGUUUAUACUGGGUGGCAUCACUGCGCAAGAAGUUAAAUUAGUUCAGGACAUGGUGAUUAGCUCUGGACAACAAACACAAGUUCUAGUUGGUGGUACACGCCUUCUUUCACCAAAUGAUACUGUGGAAGCCAUCUUUUUUAAAGAUCCACUUAUGCAACAAGCAUUGUAAGAAUGGUGCUCUGUUAGUAUUAUCAUAUUGUUAUGUUGCAGAGUGUGGAAUAAAUGAAAAAGGAAAAAGUGUAUUUCUGAAAA